AUGACUAGAAACCGACGUAUGCAUCGUCCGGAUUACAUUGUAGUCGAAAGAGUCGUCCCCCGCAGUGCCAGCUGUGCACGUCUUCCGAUUGCAGAACAUCGCCAUGGCAUCUAUGAAGAACGGGAACGACAUUUGUUGGAACAUGACAAAGCGCCCUAUCUACGAAUUUCCGACUUCCAAAUGAUCAAUCUCUUCCUUUCAGUGGUCAACGAGUGCUCAGACGCCCGUUUGAACGACUGCUCUCCAAAUGCAAAGUGCAUUGACAAAGCGGUAGGAUACGCAUGCCGUUGCGUUCCCGGCUUCGCAGACACAUCACCGCCAGGUCGACCUGGCAGAAAUUGCACUCAACAAGUUAACGAAUGUGCUGAGAAGCUACAUGAUUGCGAUCCCAACGCCAUUUGCCGCGAUGAACCGAUCGGCUAUCGCUGCCACUGCCCAUUCGGAUUCGCUGAUGCCUCUAAAGAUCCCUCGAAACCUGGUCGUCUAUGUGUACAACGUAAGUAUUCAACUGAAUUAAAUCAUGCGGUGAUAGAAAUGUGUGUCAAUGAUGGAAAAGGGUUGGGCAGCCAUCACUCGGCGGAUAGCCUUGCCGAGACAGCGAAACUCAUUCAGCCUGGCGACUCGUUCCGGUUUAGAGCUGAUGUCCGCAAGCCUCUGAUCAAACUCAUUACAUCAACUAGCCACCGGUCUGCUUCUUAUUCCAAAGCACGAGCCGAUUCAAUCAAAACCAUCCUGGUCGAUGGAUACGAAAGUUUCCGAAAGGAACAAAAGGAGGAGAAGGCGGAAGACUAUUCACUCCAUGACUGCGAUUCUGUAGCCGAGUGCUAUUCAGAACAACCGGGAUACUUCCAAUGCCGCUGUCCCAAAGGUUUUAUCGACGUUUCGCCCGACAAACGGAAUCCGGGACGGAAAUGCGUUAGAGUGGUGGACGAGUGCUCACUAGGAACCCAUACCUGUGACCCGAAUGCUGACUGUGUCGAUACACCCGAAGGCUACACAUGUCGAUGUAAGGCCGGAUGGAAGGAUUCCAGUCGGGACCCGCUUAGAAAUCCAGGACGAGUCUGCAGAAAAGGGUUGUCAUUUGCUUCUUUUAAUUGA